UCUACGCCUCUCGGAAUUGACGACGAUGAGGGAUAGAUCUCGCAGCGACAGAAAUAAGCGGCGGUGCCGCUCGCCCUCCGCCUCUGCCGGAAAAUGGGCUGACCUUCUCGACCCGCUUCUUCUUUCCGUCCUCGACCGCCUCCCCUCCCUCCGCGACCGCUUCGCCGUCGCCUCCGUCUGUCGCACCUGGCGCGCCGUCUCCCGCCCCUCCCUGUCCUCGGCCACCGGUAGCUGUCCCCCUCUCCUCUUCCGCCUGUUCGUUGGCCCCUUCCACCGCCGGUCCCGCCGCUGCCACCAGAUUUCCCCCCGCCGUUGCGACCUCCUCUGCCCAGCCGCACCCUUCGCGCCCUCCCGCUCCGUGGUUUCCUCCGGGACCCUCAACCUUUUCCUCCUUGGCUGUUCCUAUGGCCACCUCAUCUUCUGCAAGGGCCGUCGUGCCAUCCUCGCUGACAUCUUCACUGGCGACGAGCUCCGUUCGCCGGACCUCCCCAGCGAUGGCUGGCGUUUCCACUACGGAGCCCUAACUGGUUCUCUGUCCUCUCCCGGCUCCAAUCUCCUCUUGAGUGCUAACGGGAACCUUCUGCGGUGGCGGAUUGGAGACAGUAAAUGGGAAGAAUGCUCAUUCACACCGCUUGAUGUUCACAUGGAACGUGUAGUGGCUUUCAAAGACCACGUUUUUGCGUUGGACAGUGCCGAAAGGCUUCGCGUUCUCCAGUUCUCGCCUUAUUUUAGCAUCAAACAGAUGGCAGUUGAGUGGGCUGGGCGAAGCAUUUACUCGGGCAUGAAUAUUGGCUUCACUCAGCAGCUGGUUGAGUGUGGUGGCGAGCUCAUGCUGGUGCAGGUCAUCCCUGCAGAGCAAAUUAUGCAUCUGAAGUUCGAAGUGUACCGCUUGGACUUGUCGGGACAGCCAACAUGGGUGAAGGUGGAUGGUUUGGGAGAUUGGGCAUUGUUCAUUGAGGAGUCAGGCAGAUGCCCGGCAUCGUGUCCUUGCCCAGGCAGAUGGGGAGGACGGAGCAAUUGCAUCUAUUAUGCCGGACAUGGACGUGGUCGUUGGCAUGUGUUCUCAUUGGACGACACGUCUAUCGAUACUACUGAUCCAGAAUCUCCUCUGUAUUUUGACAACCAAUGUGUUUCGAAGUGGCCUUCGCCCCUUUGGGUUUAUCCGAGUAUGUUGUAUUGAUCCCUUUGAUAGGUUGGAGUGCUUGUGUCAUUUGUUUUGAUGUGUGGUUAAGAGGUAUAGUGGUGAUAUCAUAGCCGUGGUCAUUUCUCAUUUAAUGACUAGUCUAAAGAUGUAGAAGAUUUAAUCUUUAUGUUUUUCUUUGGUUUCCUCCUCUCUUUCCAAGCUUCCAGAUCUUGGCUAUGGAGAGGACGAUCAAUGUUGAGACAUAAAAUUGGUGAUAGCAAUAGUGGCAAGGCAUAUGGAAUGGAUACACAUUGAUAGUUAUGGAAUUAAAGACACAUAUGCUGGAGCAAUUGCAAGUCUUAAGCGUUGCACUUAUAUUAUGAAUAGUCUUUGUUUAUGCAGAUCUUUGUUUAAUUAAUUUAGCAUAUUACUUUACAUGUUGUGUUGUCCUUUAUGCAGAUCAAAAAAAGGAGAAUUUUCUGUACAGGUAUUAGCAAGCAUAGGGAAUUAUGGUCAUCCAAUUUCAUUUUGUUGCUGGAUUUGCUAAUGUUGAUGCAUUUCUGUCACUUAUGCAAACUAGUUUAUCCUUUCUCUUGACUUUCUGGCAUUCAUGAGAAUGAUAAAGUGUUCUUUCCCUUACGCAACACUGAACUUAGGGUGUCAUCAAGAUUGCAGUGGAGCAAAGGGAAUUUUUGGUGGAUUGGUGACAUGCGUAGAAUGCAAAUAGAACAACAACGGUGAAAGCACUCUGCUGUAUCAACACUAACAUUGAGAGAAGGAAGCAAGGGGACCAAAUGGGACUAGUAUGUGCUAUCAUAAUAUGUUCAAGUUCACCUUUUUUUAUAAUAUCUGGUACAGUGAAAGCAUUUUACAUAAUUUAGGCCCAAUUUUAGUAUUUUAUGUCUGUUACAAUACCAAAACUUCAACAGUUAUAAGCUUCGCAAACUUCAUUCGA